UUCACAUUCAGUAGAGAAGUAGACAGAAACCAUUUCUAUGCUCAUAGAAUAUCUUUCGCCGUCGGUUGAUUUGGAUUACGACAUUCACACUGCCAGGAUGGGUGCUACGUCGUCCGUUGAACCCGGUAAGGGGGUGUCCUUUCGUUACCCGUUGCUAGGAGAAAGCCAGAACCCUCAACCACCGUUGGAAGGGGAUGAGAAAUCCCAACAGGGCGAGGCGCCAGCAUCAAAUGAUAACUCGUCACCGCCUUUCCUCGAGCUGGAAUACUACCCGUCGAAGGGCGUGGGUUUCGAGCUCUGGCCAGCGGCGUUUGCGCUCGCGGACUUCGUAGAGAAAACGAUUUUGCUCCCUGGAAGUCUUGGUCGUGCUCAGCAUGCAGAACUAGCUAGGAAGAAAGGCUCAUCAUCUCAGCCGAGUACAACAACCUCGCCGGACCACCUGGCUACACUAAGCACAAAAUCCACGGCAGCGUCGUCUUCUUCUUCGCCACCCUUCGGAGCAGGGUUGGAGAUACACGACAUCAACCCCGUUCUGGUGAUCGGAGAGGAAGAUCCAGAAUCUGGUGCAGCAGAAGUUCUUGCCGCUGAUUCAAACAAACAGGGACCUGGAAUAAACCGCUGUCCUCCAGCAUCCUCGGACGACACCAACAGUACACAGUCCACGGCGGAUUCUUCUACUGUACUAGCAGGAGGCGCGGCAAAUGCAAAAAUUGGUGGAAGCUCCUCGUCUAGUUCAAGCACGCUGAGCUUGCCUUCUACAACAGGUAGAAAUGUUUCAUCGGAGGAGGUGGUACAACAACAGGAACAGCUAAAGAAACAAACCAAAACCGACACCCAACCACUACCCCGAGCCCCCGCGGACGCAAUGAAGGAUCAACAGCAGCUGCGGUUUCUCGAAUUGGGUUGCGGCGUGUGCGCCCUGAUUGCGCAGGUCUGCGCCGCCUACGGGCACGACGCGGUGGCGACGGACGACCUGUUGGUGGUGCAGAACAUGCACGGCAACCUGGAAAACACGAACGUCAGGGCGGUGGCGGCGAACUGGUAUGCCGACCAGGAAAUCAAAGCGGUUUUGUCCGCAGCGUGUCGGGACCUCGACUACAUUUUGAUGGCCGAAGUGGUGUACUUUCCGACCCUGUUCAAGCCUUUGUUGGACACCUUGAAACUCUUACUGGAUACUAGUUCGGAGAACAACAAGUGCUGCAAAAAAUCGGUGCAGAUUCUGUGGGCAAACUCGACAAGAUUUCCAGACUACAAACCCCCACUGAACGACUUUCGGAAAUUGGCGGAGGAUGCGUAUGGGUUUUCUUUUGAGGAAGUCUACCGAGUGAAGCAAACGGAGCUCAAGCGGGUGGUUGCGGUCAGCCAACGGACAUUGGCGCAGAGCAAGAAUUCGAAGAAGAAGGUGGAUCAUGAUUUACAGCUUGGACGGCCGUUAGAAAAGAGGCGGGCGAUUUUAUAGUGAUUUUAUAGGAAGGGGGCGCGUUAGGUUUUUAAUUUUCCGAGUUCGCCGAUGCGUGCCUGCUCUAGGCGUGUGGUGAGUAUUUGCCUAAGUAGGCUAAGGAAUUGAGGCGGGCGCUGCAUUGUGUUGGCGAUGUUUUUCGGGUGGAUUUUGAAAAAAAAAAAACGUCGCAAAAACAUCGCGAGGAACACCAGAAGAGCAUGCUCUCAGCACCACUGUGCUUUUCUCUGUUCGCUGGUGAAUUUGCUUCGUCGUUUUUGUGCGUGGAUGUUGCAAAAGGCCAGCCAAAAAAAAACACAGAGCGCCAUCGGAAAUAAUUUUAAACCGCACGCUACGGCGUCAUCAUGAAAAAGCAGUUGUUUUGCGGCUCAAAAAAGUUGUUCAAAAGUUGCUGGUGACUUUACAACAAAAAAAGAUGCUUUGGCUCUCAAUUUUGGAGCCAAAAUAUCGACCAUAGCGUGCAGUUUGCCGGCACGCAACCCGUAAAGUCGCCAUAAAGUCACCCUAAAGUCACCGCUAAAAUCACCAACAUCCGGACGGAAAAAAAUCCAAACCCAACCCGCAUUGGAAAUUGCCGAUUUGGCCUGGUAGAAUUCGCAUCGAAAAAGUGCCAAUCCCGGUGGUAGUAGGGACAUCGGCAAGGCUUAGCGACGUCAGUUUUGGUCUCGUGUGUCGAAAAAAGCAGCGCAAAAAUUGAGAGCGCUCGCCGCAUUAGAAAUUGCGCAUUUUGCCUUCUGAAUUUUUGAAAAUUUUGCCUGGAAUGCCGAUGGUAUGGCGCUUGUAUCUUGGCCCUCCUUUGUCUCCUCUUGUUGGUAUCUUCUCCUUUGCUCUCAGGGACAAAAAUAAAGAAAUCUUCUGAAGGCAAUGAGGCGUCUUUUUUUCGGCGCCAUGCUUGAGAGUAUAGCCCUAAAAUCACUGAAAAAUCACCCAUCAAAAUUCUAACGGGUGUCCAAGCUCUAAAUCAUGAUGCGCGGCUUGGAGGAGCAGCUGAUAGGAUGACGUCAGGGUUGCAGAAUAAAGCGACUGGGCAGCAGAAAGCAAAGGACAUCUGUGAAGCGGGACAUGUGGAAGAUACCCGGUAAGUUUUGAUUUGAUCGAUUUUGUUGCAUUGCUACGAUGUGAAACUGAAAUUCACAUUUUUGCACUUGGAAGUUCUUGCACUCCAAUAUAUAAUGAAUUUACCGCAUCGAUGAAUCAUGAUUCUUUUUCAUCACACCUACAGAACUGCGGUCCGCAUGGGUGUCGUUCCGAAUGAGGAGUGCGUAAUUUGGCGCAUGACCCGCGGUGGCCCGCCAUGUUCUUCUUCCGGCCCCGUCGACGCCAGCAUGCUUGGUUUUUUGCACUCGUUCUGCACAAACGACGGUCGAUAGUUGGGCUGACACCUCUGCCUCUGCCUCUGAGGAAGUGAUUUCGCAAGGUGCCAGGGGCAUUUGCAUUUGCUGAGGCUGGAGGCCGAGACGCGUGCGUAAAUUCACACACAGUGCACGGAAUCAUUUGAAUUGGUGCACUGAUGGGCGGUGAAAGAAACUGCAUAGAAACAGAGAUGAUUUUUUGAAGCCUUGUGUUAGCGCCGGACGGUG